AUGGCAACGCCAGCCCUUGCGCAAUAUGUUGGAAUCCCCAUCCGCAUUGGGCCACCAGGGAGAAGAGACAGGACCCAUCCAGCCAUAACUGCAUCAUCGUCCCAGAACCUAUUCAGCCGAGAGCGAAUUCGCGGCUCAGCCGUUUCAUCCCAGCGAACCGACAAUCAUUCCCGGUGGUGGAGCGAGCAAUCAAAGGCCUGUCGCCGACCACCAGAAGCCCUAGACGUCAUUUGCACUGCGCUGCUGCACCGCACACGCCUGGAACGGCACUCCCGACUCGGCCGCGCUCUUCCAUCUCCCCAGAAGUCAUCCCUGGUCAUCCCUGGUCAUUGUCCACGGCUGCGAGAACACCGACAGACGCUGUUCCAUUGGUCACGUUACACUGCAUCUUUGGACGAAGAAGGCCCCCGAGGCAAGGCAGAGAGCAUAGGGAGUUGGCAGGAGCUGUCUAGCUGCUCACCACCUCUGGUUCUUGUGGGCACGGACGACCGACCACAUUCGAACACGAACCCCUCUAUCGCAACCUGCGUGCCACCACCUUGCACUGCCGUUGGAUCCGGAGUCCCGACUCGAUCCUAUUCCCGCAUUCGAUACGCCCAACAGUCCCAGGCCUUCACAACUUGGACUGAUAUAGCCUGUGUGAUUUUGGUUGGCUGGGGAAACCACGCGCAUCUAUCCACUCCCCCUAUUCGAGCCGCCCAAAAAAUGGCUGCAACCCAACCGGAUUCCCGAGAUCAACCAUCUCCCGGCCUGUCCCUCAGCUUAUCUUCGAAUAACCCUUUUCGCAACCGUGCUGGGUCGCCCUUGCCCAAAAGUCCCUCCUCCCCUUUCGAUGACCCUGCCCCUCAACAACCACCGUCGUCGUCUUCGUCGCGACCUCUUUCCAACAACCCUUUUCUCGACCCCACAAAGCAUCACCAUCAGAGCCAGAGUCAACCUCAGAAUCAAUUGUUGAUCCCAGAUCUCGACUCACCAACCGAAAAGAUGGCUGACAAGAAUCGCCCUGCCUCGCCUACCAUCGAGGACAUGUUUGCUGGCAUCACCAUCGAUACCAAGGACAAGAAGCCAGAUCCACCUCAACGGCCUCCACCUAUGAACCGUCCCGGCGCUCCGAGGGGGGAAAAUAUUCCUCCUCCUGGCCGGCGUGGGCCUCCUCCAAACCAUAGGCCCUCACGAUCCCAAGAGGAGGCGAUGCGAGCUCGUCGGCAACGCCCCAAUGGCGAUGGGCCUAACUCUCCUCCCCGACGUGCGGCUCCUGGGUCUGGGCGAGGAAGGCGGAACUCCGAGUCCUCACUGACUGAGAGGCCCGUGCUGACUGAAGAAGAGAAGAGGGCGCGCGAGAAGAGGCGUAGGGAGCGCGAGGAGCGCAAGCGACGCGAGGGCCGCGACAGGCCGCCAAAGACUCACAGAGACAUGGAUCUGAUUGAUAAGCUUGAUGCGACCAGCAUCUAUGGCACUGGCCUUUUCCACCAUUCCGGUCCCUACGAUGCCGUCAUCGCGUCUCGCAACAAAGCAGCCAGCGGUCGCGCGCCCCUGGCUGCUUUCGCUAAGGACUCUGCGAACAUGUCGAUCGGCGGCUCUGGCCCGCUCCAAGCCCGCGCCGACCACUCCACAUUCAUGGGGAACGGGACCGAGGAAGCUUUUACCGAUUAUGCCACGAGCAUUUCCGGCGCCCCACCCACGAAGAAGGACAUGGCCCUAUUCGACCCCCACCGCCGUGCCUCCGUUAUCCACGGGGACGAGACCGUGGGUCUGGGUACCUCGACAUUCCUCGAGGGCACACCGGCCGCCAGGGCAGCCGUGCAAAAGGCCGAACAGGAGUCUGCUUUGCAAAACCAGGAGGGUGGGCUGCAGCGGAAGAAAUCACUCGCCCAGCGCAUUCGGGGCAUGAACAGGCCGCCGAGAGGCGAAUUCGGCCCGUCUGGUCGCCUGACCAACCCUGAGGGCGCCUACCGCGACCACUCUACAUCCGCCAGCAUGUCCAGCGCUCGCAACGAGACGAACCCCUUCUUCGCCGAAUAUGAACCGAGCAAGGAUGGUGAGGAGCAAAUCACGGUGCGCAAGAUGAGCCAAGCCGGCCCGGGCUCACCAGCCUCCCCGCCCAUCCCGGGCAGUCUCGAGAGGCGCUCCACAACCGAUGCCCUGAGUGGGCCCGAGCAGCAACCUAAGAAGAGCGGCGGCGGCCUGCUUACCCGAAUGAAGAGUUUGAAGGGCGGCCCACGAUCUCGCCCCUCCGACAGGGACGGGAUUUAG